AUGAUUACAACUAAUCUAUGUAACAAGAUCUUUCCAUGUUACGGUUUAAUGUGGAGUACAUAAAAGAUUAAGACCCAUUUUACCCAUUUUUAAAUAUGGGAUAUCUAUGAAUAGUACUUCAGGAAAUCUUAAUAUCAUAAAUAGGAGACUUAGAGCAAUGGAUCACAUAAGAUUAAUACGAUGAGAACACUUUGA